GGCGGUCGGCGGGGUCGGUGAGGUAGAGGGUUGUGGGGACCGGCCGAUAGGCCGGGUGGGAAAAUGGCGAUAUCGCGAGGGCUGUGGUGCUGUCAGCGGGUGUUGGCUUGGAUACCAGUGCUCAUCAUCACCCUGGUUGUGCUUUGGUCCUACUACGCCUAUGUAUUUGAGCUGUGUGUCUUUACCGUCCAAAAUGGUUUGGAAAAAGCUGCAUAUCUUGUGAUAUUUCAUUUAUUUUUUGUGCUGUUUGUGUGGACCUAUUGCAAAGCUAUUUUUACAGAACCAGCACAGCCUUCCCGAAAGUUUCAAUUGGCCAGAGCUGACAGAGAAAGAUAUGAACGAGAAGAAAAUCCUGAGGUGCAAAAGCAAAUUCUAUUGGAUGCAGCUAAAAGGUUACCAGUGUACACCAGGACUGCAUCCGGAGCCAUCCGAUACUGUGACCGGUGCCAACUGAUUAAGCCUGAUCGUUCUCAUCACUGCUCUAUCUGUGACAUGUGUGUAUUGAAAAUGGAUCAUCAUUGUCCUUGGGUGAACAACUGUAUUGGAUUUUCAAACUACAAAUUUUUUCUGCUCUUUUUGGGAUAUUCCAUGCUGUAUUCCUUGUUUGUUGCUGCAACAGUUCUGCAAUAUUUCAUCAUGUUUUGGACGGGUGGUCUUCCAGAUGGUCCUGCAAAAUUUCAUGUUCUCUUUCUUCUUUUCGUGGCUGUCAUGUUCUUCCUCAGCCUCAUGUUUCUCCUUGGCUACCAUUGUUGGCUGGUCAGUUUAAACAGAUCUACAUUAGAGGCCUUCUCAGCACCAAUAUUUCAUCAUGGUCCAGAUAAAAAUGGUUUCAACCUUGGCAUAUGGAAAAAUUUAGAGCAAGUAUUUGGACCAAAAAAGAAGUACUGGCUGCUACCUAUUUUUACCAGUGUCGGAGAUGGACAUUUUUUCCCCAUGAGGUCACAGUCAGAGAGUCAUAAUCCACUUCUCUCCAACAAUGAGCACUGGGAUGAAGGCGAUUCAGAUGUAGACUACUACGCAACUACAAGUGGAAAUACCUCUGUGACUGUAGAAAUGGAGAGCUAGCUGACCUUUGCUGUUGUUCAGCACCCACAGGUUAAUCCCAGGUGCCACCGUAUUACUUGACGAGAAAAUGUGAGAACCAAGGAUCCCUGAGGGACUUCAACAAAUGAAAUGGAACUAUUACAUGCCUUACAGUCUUCAGAAGAUCCUCUCAUUACAUAACGUACAUUAAGGCUUUGGUUCAUGAACAACUGCAUUUUCUUGGGGUGGUGGAGGGAGGAAGGGGACUGCUGUAAAUUCACUUACAAACUGAGUACCCGUGAGCAGGGACUUGUAUGUAAAUAAUGUGUGUGUGAAUGAGGCUCUAUCACAGAUACCUGAAACCAAUGUUGCGAUUAAUUUAACAUUGAUGUGUUGUAUUUAACUCAUUAGGGCAAAGUGCUAAACAAAAAGUGUUCCUUGCAGUAAAGUUGCACGAGUAAGGUACAAAUAUCAAACUGUCAAGUGGAAAAAUCUGCAAUAUCUGUUCAACCGUGUGUUUGAACAAAAGAGCAAUGGAUUGAUUAUUUACUGUGUUUAUAUGAAUUAAGUCAUUUCAAACCAGGUCAUUUUUUUUUAAUGUUUUUUAAAUAUGUUUGAAAGAUUCUUGAAUUUAGCUAGGUUUUUUUAUAUGUUUGUAAUGUGAUGUACAUAUUUUUUAAACUAAUUUACCCUCAGAAUUAAAAUUAAAUAUAAUAUUACUCCAAUGAGGGACCAAAGAUUGGUAAAGCAGUAUCUGCUCAAAGUUUGAGUUAUUCUUGAACCUUAGGAAAAUGUAAUUAUCUCUUGGUUAAUGUGUGCAUGCCUUUCACAUCACAGCAUAAUGUCAAGUCGUUUUCAUUAUCAUUCCAUGGUGCUAACUUUACUUCUGAGCAAAAGAAAUGACCAACCAACGCCUCCCAUAAAAAUUCUUCUGAUCUUCCUCUGCAUUCUAAAAAAAAGUUCUCCAGAUUGUUUUUAGUCUGUCAUCUGAUUCCACCUCCAAAAUAUCACCUUUCAUUUUCUCCCUCUACCUGUAAUUGGCACAGACAGUUAAUAUUGAGGGUUUUCUACCUGUUUAUUCUUUAAUUAAAAUAUAUAUUUAAAUUCAGGGUAGAAAUUAACUCUUGACAAAGGUAUUUAGUUUUUUUUACAUUGGAACUAGUGCAACUUCUUAAGAGUGAUUUUCUGUCUGCAUAGAAAUGCAUUCCUUCAACAACCUGAGCUUAGUGGGUAUUACUCUGAGAACAUGCAACAUCCUUUUUCCAGGUUCCAAUUUUGACAUGUGUUUUCAUAAUGUGGCUUUUGAAUUUCCUGAACUUUGACUUCUGGAGGUUUUCUGACUCUGUCUAAGCUCUGGGCCUAUUGCUGAAGCUAAGGACAAACAGGUGCAGUAAACAUCUCCAGCAACAUUAAGGGAUAACAGUUUGAGGUUCAAGGACACUAAUCCACACAGGAAAAGAAUAACCUGCUGGUAGACUUCAGAAUGUGAUUAUUUUAUAGACAGUAAAAUACUGAACAUCUAUGAGUUACAGACCGGUUAAAAAAAAAGGAACAAUUAUUUACUUUAGUGGGAUUUAGUGUGUUCACUUGCUGUGCUUAAAGUGUUCUUAACAAGUGUCAGUAACAUUCAAAAUAUUUGCCCAUAUAUUUCAGUGAAGUAUACAUUUAAGUCAUUUUCCUUUUAUCCUUUGCAACAUAUCUCUCAGCCAGUCCUUAAGACAAAUGGCAUGUAUUGCUAUCUGUGGGACUCCGUGCAUGCAGGUUAUUGGUUUUGCUUCUUGCAUUAUGACAGUGACUACAGUUGAAAAUUAACUUCAUUGUUUGAAAAGUCCUUGGGACAUCUUGAGGUUGGGAAAAGUGCUCUAUAAUUGCAACUUUGUCCUUCAUUUUCCUUUCCUAGAUUCCGUUACAGGCCAACCUGAAUUAAAUAAUUCACUUUGGACACUCAGGAUUGUAAUAGAGACAUGACAAUGAAAACCAUUUUUUUUUGUAAAAAUACAUUUUAAAACUGGUUCUUCCUGUUAUCUCUUAAGAACAUGCCCUCUCUGCACUUUCAAUAUAAAGGCAUUUGGGAGUCAAAACAAUGAUAAUAUAAUAAGAUUGAAUUAAAAAUGUGUUUGAUAGUGAGCUGCCCACUACAGCAAAGCCUUGAUAUUUUUCAAAUCCUAUAAAUGUUUUUAGUGCUGCUCUUUUUGUCAAAUUUACUAGAGGUGCUGUGCAGACAUAUAAAAGAGCUUUCAUUUUAUAAAUUAAAUAACUUUGUUGUGACCCAAUCAGUGACCAGAUUUCAAGUAUUAAAAUAGCUAGGCUGUAUUUUUUUAAAGUGAAGAAUUAUAUGUACAUAUUGAGACAUUAUUACAUUUAAAAACGAGAACAAGUUCAACAAAGUAGAAGAAAUUGUGACUUUAUUUCUGAGAACUCUUUCAAUAACCUUAUUUUGCUUUUGUAAAAUGACACCUACAGGUUCAAACGUAAGUUCUGCCAUUGAAAAUUGAAGUCUGAUUUCUAGUAUUUCGACAACUUUGAUAAAUACAUCAAGCUUUCACAAGUUUGACUAUUAACCUGACGUUCACACAAAAUUUAAUAUAGUUUACUUUUAAUUUCACAACGUUCCCACAAAAUUUAAUGUAGUUUACUUUUAAUUUCACAAUCUUUUUCCCCCAUCCCCACUCAAAAGAAGUAGCAUGUUUUAAAAAAAAAUGUUUGACUGGAAGACUUUCCACAUUAGGAAUUUCUUUAGAAAUCUUGUACGGAGAAAUACAAGUAGAAAUAAAAUUGCAAUUUCAAUUGAUAAAUCUCAAGAUGAGUGAGAAAUUUAUUGGUAGUUAAUAUAUCACAUUUAGAAAUACAUGUCUAAAAUAAGCCCUGUCCAUUUGUAGGUUGAUGGAAUCAGCAUUUCUAUCAGAGAGCUGAAAUAACCCACUCUAAUAAUCUGGUGACCUUAGAAGUAGUUUUACCAUAUGGGAGAACUGCUAGGGCAUUCCACUAUAAAUUAAACUGGAACAGAAUGACAACAGACUGGGCAGUAAUUGUUGAAAUGGGUUAUGAAGCAAAAUAGGAGUGUUCCUAUAAUACAACAGAUAAUUAGGAUGCCUAUUUUCAUCCAUUGGUUCCCUUGCAGCUGUAUAGAUAACAAUAACUUGGGUGAGGUCAGAAUGUAUUCUUGGUCUAUGGUACGAACAAUAAAAUACUGCCAUUAAUAACUUGAUGAAUGCUAUUAUUUUCUUCUUAUUUAUCUGUGCCAUAUUGUCCUUCAAAUAUCCCAAACCUGCAAAGGAUUCAAAUGGAUUUAAAUCAUUUUAUUAAAUCACUAGAAAAUUGAACACAAGCAUUGCAUGAUAUUCUCUAUCAUUCUCUGACUCGCUUGCUAUUUUUUGUACUCUCUGCUCAGAAAAUUUCCUGUUUAUUUAGUUCUUAAUAACUUCAUAGGAAUAUUAAGAAUAAAAUACCUCCUGCUUUACAUGAAAAAUGUUACUCCAAAAUGGAAACCUUUAUAUUGGUAUCACUAAAAUUAUUCCUUGGAAAAUAAUCAUCAUUACUGGUUUACAAGUAGAAUUUCUAGAAAUCUCCAGUAAUUUAAGAGAGUAUUAUCCCUCUAUUACUAAAUAGUUUUACAAUGGAGAAACACAUCAAUAUGUCCCCAUUAAGCAAGUCAGGGCAUUUUUGUUGUAUUAUUAGAGAAAUUGUAAAAUCUAGUUAAUGACUCUUGUUAAAACACACAAGAAAAUCUAUAUUCUUCAAAAUGAAUCCCAGGAACCCAGUAUAAAAGUGGAGAGACUGGUCAUUUCUUUAUCUAAUAUGUGCGCAUAAGAUAUUUUCUAUUGAAAAAUAAAAGUGUUAAGUAAAUUGAAGAAACUGAUUUAGCCAGUGUUUAUUACAUAGAAUGGAGGAUGAAGCUGUCCAUUGUACAUUAGAGAAUAAAGCAAUCUUAUUGAGUAAGCAUCCUUUCAUCCAUAUGCCAACUUGAAGAAAUUUAUGAUUAACAAGGUUAAAUUUGUGGUACUGUAUUUAUUUUAGAGCGACAAACAUUGAAGCAGAUUAGAAUUUUGAAGAAAAGCAAGUGAAGGGGUUUACUUUCAACAAGCCAGUUGCUGACAAUGUAAGGAGAUUGUAAAUGCAUUUGCAUAGGAUUGUCAGCCUGGCGUUUUAGGACUUCUUUUUAUUCAUUCAUUGGAUAUGGGGAUCACUGUAUGAUUAAUUUUCCCUUCCUGAAUGCACUUGAUGGUGACAUAUUUCCAAGUCAGGUUGUUUGACAGAGAAGAACGUGGAGAUGUUUUUAUGAUCUAGCUUUUGUUAUUGUCUUUCUGGAUAGUAUAGGUUACAGAUUUUUGAGGUGUAGUUAAAAAUUCGGUAAGGGUGAUGCCAUUGAGUGUGUUGGGGUGGUUGAUUUUUGAGAUGGUCAUUACUUGGAACGUAUGUGGUGCGCAUGUUUACCACUUAGCCCAAAUUGAUUGCUUCAUUUUCUAAAGAGUUGUAAACAGAAGUGAACACUGCAAACUUGCACACAUCUGACUUAGUGGACUAGUCAUCAUUAUGAAGUAAUUGAAGCAUAAGAAAAAAAAAGUCAAUAAUAGAUAUAAGAUAUAGAUGAUAUUUAUUUAUUAGACACGUGUACAUUGAAACACAUCGAAAUGUGUCUUUUUGCAUUACUGAGAAUGUGCUGGGGGCAGCCUGCAAGUGUUGCCACUCUUCCAGUGCCAACAUAGCAUGCCCACAGCUCCUAACCUGUAUGUCUUUGGAAUGUGGGAGGAAACCCAUGCAGACACGGGGAGAAUGUACAAACUCCUUAUGGACAACGGUGGGAAUUGAGCCCUGGUUGCUGGCGCUGUAAUAGCGUUAUGCUAACCGCUACACUACUGUGUGCCCUAAUAUAGGGCCUCUGUGAGACCAGUCCCGGAGUAUUGUGUGUGGUUUUGGUCUCCUUAUCAAAAGAAAAAUAUAGUUGCCUCACUGGGAGUGUAAUGAAUGUAAUGAAUCCCACCAGACCACUGCUGGGAUGAGACAAUUAGAAGAGAUUGAGUAGUCUGCACUUGUAUUCUGUGGGAAUGAGAGGGUAAUCUCAAAACAUCUUAAAAUUUGCCAGUGUAAGUGCCAUAGUUAUACAGCCUUUGGCCCAACUCGUCCAUGUCAACCAAUAUGCCUAUCUAAGCUGGUGCCAUUUUCCUGCGUUUGGCCCGUAUCCUUCUAAAUCUUUCUAUGCACCUGUCCAAAUGCCUUUUAAACAUUGUAAUUGUACCUGCCUCUACCACUUCCUCUGGCAGCUCGUUCCAUAUACCCACCACCCUCUGUUGGGGGGGGGGGAAUCCCCUCAGAUCCCCUAUACACCUUUCCUCCUUCACUGUAAACCUAUGCCCUCUAGUUCCCCUCUACAUUAUAAACCUCAAUAAUGUCCCAGCCUAUCCAGUCUCUCCUUAUAACUCAAGCCCUUCAGUCCAGGUAAUAUUCUUUGUGAAUCUUUUCUGCACCCUCUCCAGCUUAAUCACUUCCUUCCAAUAGUGUGGCAACCAGAACUGCACAGAACUCCACUGAUUGUACAAUUGUAACUCAAUGUCCCAACUCUUGUCCUCAUGCCUCAGCCAACGAAGGCAAGCAUGCCAUACACCGCCUUCACCACCCCGACUAUUUGUGUUGCCACUUUCAGGGAUCUAUGUACAUGUACCCCUAGGUGUCUCUGUUCAACAACACUCCCCAGGGCCCUGCCCUUCUCUGUGUAUAUCCUGCCCUGGUUUAACUUCCCAAAAAGCAUCACUUUGCACUUCUCUGAAUUAAAUUCCAUCUCAAUGCUGGCAGUAUGUCAGUAUGUUUGUCCUAACUGUGGUGUCUACAGCUAAUAGCCAGAAUCUUAAAAUUAGCAGUAGGUCAAUUAGAUUUGAGGUGAGACACAUCUUCACUCUGGUUGUGAAUUUUUGGAAUUCUAUGCCAGAGGUCUGUUGAUCUUCAGUGGAUCAGCAUAUAAUUCCUGGGAUCAAAUACAAUUUUUGGACAUUAGGGUAUUCAAAGGACAUAAGGAUAAUGCUAAUAGGUAUUGUUGAGAUAGCACUUUGGCGAUGUUGCCCAAUGGCAGAGCAGGCUAAAGGUCUCAAUGACCUGCUUAUCUAAAGGAGGGCAGGACUGAUACAACACACCUGCUUAGGGUACUUAAUUAUACCACAAUGAAUGAUCAUUUAACACAUUUGAAACCUGACAAAUUCCUAAUACUGCUAAAGCAUCUCAGAAUUUGGUUCAGAGAUUUCCUUUUAUUUUCUCUUUCCUUGAAUAAGUACUUUAAUAUGUUAACCUCUCUGCACACCUGGCCACUGAAAAUCAGAUUCAUGGUCUGGGUCCACUAGAUCAUGUAACUGGCCUAACAGCUGUGAAAAGGAACAGUUUGGUUAAUUCAUCACUGUUCCUUUCAAUCGAAGCAUUUUGCCUUUGACAGUGGAGAUGUAGAAGGGACUAGUCUUUGCGAAACAGAAAAGCCUGCCUCCAUUUCUGGAGGAAUCCAUUACCCAAACCAAGGAUUUGAUGAUGGAAGAAGUUUGGUACACUUUUUUUUAAUGUGUUUCGGUUUUUGUCUUAACAUGUACAAUCACCUCAGAUAUUACCUGAAAAUAUUAGUACUUCCCUAAAGGAGCUGCUAGUGACAACAAUAAAUUACUUUGUUCCUAAUAUGUUAUUGUAACAUUAUUGAAUUAAAUUAUAAAGCACCAUAACACUUUAUGUGCUGACUUUGACCACUAGUAACUUUUAAAACUGGAAUGAUAACUCUGUCCUGAGGCAGGGUUUUGACCUGAAACAUCUACAAUUCCCUUUUCCCCACAGAUGCUGCUCAACCUGCUUAGUUCCUUCAAAAGAUUGUUUGUUACUUUUAAAACUGGGUUGGAUAUAUUACAUCUUCCACCAUUUGUCCAAAGCAGCAAACAUUAUUUUACAAGGAAUUGGUAGUUAAACUGUUCAUUUUAAUUUAGUAUGCUGUGACUUUUCGCAAAAUAUGUAUCCCAUACUUACAAUGUACACUUUCACCUGUAUUAAUUAUAUUGAGUGCUUGAUAUCAAACCCCUUUUCCAAUGUAACUGAUUUUUCACACAUCACAAUAUAUCAUCAGUCUUCUUUCCCCUCUAUCCCCCCUUCAGCCAAUUUAUUCUAGCAUCCUCAAUUGGCAGGGAGAUUAACAGUUUCUAUGCUUGUGCAUAAAUAAAUUGCCAGAUCUAUUAUCAAGGUUAUAGAGAAUGCUUUGUGUCCAACUUUAAGGACACAAUCACUACCCAGAGUGGAUUUAUUAAAGGAUUUAUCCAGCCACAAUAUCUCCUGAAGUAGAAGCAGCCAGCACAAAACAAGUGGAGUGAAAACUUGAGAGACAAAUUGCUUGGAAGUAAGAUGUCAUUGAAACACCGAGGUUGACCUUCUGAGAGAUGAAAAGAUGACCAUUUGAUUUUUGCCAUGAACUGCAUAGCAAUUAACAUUAAGCAAAAUUAAAUGAUUUACAUCUAGCAAUUGCAGUGCAGGUAAGUCAUUUAAAACAAUGCCAUCAUGCCUAAGACUGCCAUCACUAAGUUUGAAUCCAUAACAAGAAUUGUACUUGUUAACAGGUGAUUUUGGUUCGAUUAUUUUCCAUUAACAAAAUUCCAGCCAAUAUUACAAAAGGAAGUAUAUUUCCUGAAUGUGCAGACAUACAGAACAUUUCUGCAAUCCAGAUGCUAGGCUGACCCAAUCAGCAGGUUUGGGAAUUGUAUUCCUAAGCAUUUACCAUAAUCAUCUAGAAUUCCCAAACCUGUCUGUCUGUAAUGUUAAUCAUAGUCAUGCAGCACAUACACAGGCCCUUUGGCCCACCCUGCCUGCAUUGGCCAUCAAGCAUCUUCCUGUAUUUGAUUUUCCAGAACUCACCUCAUCAAGGUACUAGUUAAAUGUUGUGAGAGUACCUACCUCAAACCCUGCUCGCCCCUGCAGCCACCAAGCCAGUGUGUUUCAGUGCCUGACCUUAGACAACCUGAUGACCAGCAUCUCUGCAGGUAAACCAGUACAUUUUGUGUCCAGCUUAUAUGCUCAUCCAAUGUAAGUGUGAGGACUGAGGCUUUUAAAGAAACUGUACCCAGUGCUGCUAAGUUCAGUAUUAUAGUUGACACUCACCCACCUUAGAUUAUCCUGUCUACUGUGUUUACUGAAGUUAUAAUAAAAAUGAAGUAGCCAAGCCAGUGUACUAGCCAGCUCUAAUUUUAGAAAGUGAUUUAAAGUAAUUUUAUAAUUUGAGUGGAGGGUGUUCAGAAAACAGUAACUCCCAAUACUUGACACCUUUGUAGGUGCUUACCAUACUUAGUUAUGGAGGGAAUUUAAACAUCUUUUGGAGCUUGCUUAGCUUAACUGACUUCCAAACAUCUCCAUCAACUAAUCAGAGUCCCCUCUCCCUUAAAGUAGAAUUUUCUUUCCCAGUUCUAAAGUAAACCAAGGUAUCAUCCUUUAUCAUUUUCAUGUUCAAGUUGCAUUGCUUUGAAGACAUCUGUGCUUGAGAUUCAAUUCUCACUCAUCCUAUGUACUCGCAUUAUAUCUGUACUUGUAUCAUUUUGAAGAAAAUCACCUUAAAUCUGUGCUAUCAAAGUGACCAAGUAUUGUGGUGUAAAACUCAGUGAAGUACCUUCUUUACAACUUGUGUAAAGAAGUUGUGAAAAUUCUUUUAACUGGCUGAUAAACAAUUCUUUGCAUUUGAUUCUUCCUGAGGUCAUGGCUUCGAUUUAAAAUUCUAGGUAGGAAAUAGAGGGCAUUCCUUCAUUUUCUGCAACGUCCGAAUAAUUGCUAAUGUGGUGCACAUGAUUCAGCAUUGUCAGCUUUCGGGAUAAAAAGUCCAGUCAGUACUAAACUACUGCAGUAUCAGCUGGGGUUUUAUUUUAAAACCCAUGAGCUAUUGACAAAACAAUGUGUCAGCAAAGAAUAUGUGUACCCAUAUCCUUUCAUCCCAGUUGAUUGUCAUCUUGUCCUGUCACAGUGCAGGAAGUGUUUUAUUUAAUCUUAUCUACAACUUGUGUCUGCUGUGUUGUUACUGAUGACGGAGACUGUACACUUUAUUCUUUUCUGCUUCCCUACUUAGUACACCUGACUAGUUAUUUUCUUAUGAGAGUAAAUACAUCACCAUAAUGCAGUUUCACGGACAACCUUAAAUAUUUCCUUCAGUUUUUUCCCAUGUCUUCCCAUGCCCCUUAUAUGAUGCAGAGAAGUUGCAAUCCACUGAUUAUGUUUCAUUAUAGAUGUAUGCCUAUGUCAUUGAUU